GUCGUUCAUGGCGCAUGCGCAAAGUGGACGACCAUAUCAUCGGUUACUAGCUAGUUAAUCGUAGCGUUUGGUCACUUUAGAUCUCACUGUUGUACACAGUUAUUGUUUAACCGUGAGUUGCUGCUACCAAGCGGGAUUAACGUAACCGAGGCGUGAAAGAACAUGCCCAAAAAUAAAGGAAAGGGAGGAAAGAAUCGUCGGCGUGGAAAGAACGAGAAUGAGUCCGAGAAGAGAGAGCUGGUGUUCAAAGAGGACGGACAGGAAUACGCUCAGGUGAUUAAGAUGCUGGGUAACGGCCGCCUGGAGGCCAUGUGCUUCGACGGAACCAAGCGGCUUUGUCACAUCAGAGGAAAACUCCGGAAAAAAGUGUGGAUCAACACGUCAGACAUCAUCCUGGUCGGACUCAGGGAUUACCAGGACAACAAAGCCGACGUCAUCCUGAAGUACAACGCGGACGAGGCCCGCAGCUUGAAGGCGUACGGAGAGCUGCCCGAGCACGCCAAAAUCAACGAGACGGACACCUUCGGACCCGGAGACGACGACGAGAUCCAGUUUGAUGACAUUGGGGACGACGACGAAGACAUUGAUGAUAUCUAAAGACCUGCUGCUGGAGGAGGGGGGGGGGGGGGGGGGGGGUUACCAGAGAAGCUCCCGUUGGAAUAUUUAGAGCCGACCGAUGACCAUUAUUUUUUAUUAAGAUCAGCCUCCGUCAGUCGACGCCUUCGUUCCUCUCGCUGACUCCACUGUGAGGAGGAGGAGACGCUGUCCGCGGGGUGAGGGGGGGGGGGGGGGGCGGCGGCGGUUUGGAUGGAAGGAUCCGGAGGCCGGCUGAUGUUAUUUUGUUUAUUUCUGCUUCUAACAUCAUUUCCAUUUGUGUCUCAUGGGAGGCAGGCGCAUGUAGGAACAUCUUUUAACAUUUAGAGGAGUCACACCGAGGCCUCGGAGCAUUUUAACAAUGUAUUUAUAUUUCACACAGACGUGGAAUUUAGCAGCAAGUACAGAAUCUCUGGGUUCGUCAAUAAAAAGAUAAAACCAUG